AUGGCCAGCAUCCGAAGACGGCAUGCGCUGAAGUACGCUUGCUUAGCACUUCUCAUCAUGAAGCUGCCGCGACACUACGGGGAUGUUGGAUUCGUCACAUCGGCACCCCAUGUCGCAAAGCAUCGCGUGUUCGAAGUCGGGAGCCGGCGCGGAUGCCGGCUGCGCGCAGCCGCCCUGGGCCUGGGGACGGACACCUCCAGCGGUGACCUAGCUUUGGGUGCCGUUCUCCUGGCCUUCCUCGGCACCUACUUGCCACAGGUCCUCCGACUGGGCCAAGGCAGCACAUGGCAGGUCGACGGCUUUCGCUACUUCGCGAACCGGGGUCGGCAAGCCUUCUCGGAUGCCACACACACGCUGGCUGGGAAGUACCCAGGAUAUCGCGACAAUGCGGUUUUCACGUAUUUUGACACGUUUGGCGGGAAGACGCUCCCGGACAUGGGCAGCUACUCCCGCUUGCUGCAGCUUAUCGAUCGAGGCGUGACUGACGUCUAUGAUCACAAGCGCGGUCUCGAGCUCCGCUUGCGCGAGUACGGCUGCUCUGAUGUGUUUGCUGCGACUUACUUCUCCUUUGCCGAAGCGUUGCAGGCAACCAGCUCCGAGCCUGAUGCCUUGUUCUUCGCAAAGCUGCCGGAACAAAGUGGGGGUCGUGGGAUCCGGAUUCUGCGCCGUGAGGACUUGCAGCGCGAAGAGCUGCCCAGUGAGUACAUCAUUCAGCGUGCUGUACAGGAUCUCGAGCUGAUUGAUGACCGGAAGUUUGUGAUCCGAUAUUUUUUCGUAGUGCACCGGAAGUGUAUCUAUCUUCACGAGGUAGGUGUCCUGAUCGUGCACGGUGAGAAGUACGACCGCCGCAGCGUAGAUAUGGUUGUCCAGGCAAAACAUGACUGGUACGACGACCGCUCCGAGACGUAUCUCAUAACGCUGCAGUCCGCAGAGCAGGCGCCGCGCUGGCGCAAGGCGAUUGCCGCAAAACUUCGCGAGGCCCUGCCUGCACUCGGCCCGCUCCUGGACUCCAGUGGCUCCGACCGCUACACACUGGUGGGUGGGGAUGCGCUGAUUCAAAGCAACGGCGAGGCGAAGCUCAUUGAGUUCAAUAUGUACCCCAAUCUCUUCAGUGACCAGGAGUUUGUCGAUAAGCAGGUGUACACAACUCUCCUGAAGGACAUGAUGGAGCUACUUCUGCUGGGAAAGCGAACGUCCGGUUUUGUUUGGAGCAGUGGUGAUGCAUGUGGUGCA